AUGUCUCUCCCAUCUACUGAGCCUGGAACAACUUCUCUUUCCAAAGAAAAUAUCAAGGUACAAUCUCCCAAGAAAGAUGCUCCUCCAUGUUCGGCGGCUUACAUGCAACAGAUGAAUCCUCUCUUCACAGGCCUCCUUACUCCUCCCGAGUCUCCGAUCCGCUAUGCUCAAGUUUCUUCAGUCGACACAACGGCUCAGUCCUCUCCCGCUUUGACUCCAGGGGCAAAUUCAGGCUUACCUGCUGCGAGUAAAGCUCCAAAUGCUUUAGAGGCACUCUUCACUGCUAUAAAAGAUACCAAGACGGAUACACUCGAACAGAAUGAUGUUACUCUCUCCGGUAGGGCCUCAGAUUCGGGAUCAACUCCAGCAACUCCGACGCCUAUCGACUUUAAUAACGCCAGCGAGAUCAUAUACUCCAUAAUUGAACAAGGAGUGGAAGAGAAAAUGGUUGAAGCAGUCGAUCAAAUACGCUUACAUGCAAGUCGAUUGGAGAAAUCUCUAGCAUCAUUUCACCGCGAGAACGUUGAUGCACGGGAUCAAAACGACACAAUGAGCCGCCAACUUGAUCUUCAUUAUCGCACCAUUGAACAGAAUAUCGAAGAGUUCAAGACACAGUCCAAGACUAUGAACACCAUGAUCGGAGCUCAAGCCGAUAACCUCGCCGCAACCAUUACCAUGGUCAGCCACCUCUCGCAAGUCGUCACCAAUCUCCCCAUGGCUCUCAACCAAGUGGUCUACACUGCAGUCCAGCAACAAGCUCAGCAAGCUAUCCGCGACAUCAUGUUUGCUCAACAACAGGCCAUGUUUUCUGUCUCUGACGUUUCUGGAACCAGACAGUCUGUCUCCAGCGAUGAGAGCUUCAGUCACUACGCUCGUCAUCAUCGAGGCUUGGGAUUUAAGUUCAUGCCAUCAAUGCAUCAUAGCAAUAGCUCUUCCAACAGCACUGCUUCGAGUACAAAGCGUGGCUUCAGAUACAGUUUGAAGAGGCUCUUUAGAUCUAGCAAGUAG